CUUCCUGAUGGAGUAAAUAUUUCCAAAGAAGCUCGGAGCGCAAUAUCUCGAGCAGCAAGUGUGUUUGUGCUUUAUGCAACAUCAUGUGCAAAUAACUUUGCCAUGAAGGGGAAGAGGAAAACGCUGAAUGCUGGUGAUGUUCUCUCUGCCAUGGAGGAAAUGGAGUUUCAACGAUUUGUUGCCCCUUUGAAAGAAUCACUGGAAGUUUACAGGCGUGAACAGAAAGGCAAGAAAGAAGCAAGGAAAGAUAAAGACAAGAAGACGGAUUCAGAGGAGCAAGAUAAGAGCCGAGAGGAAGAGAAUGAUGAUGAUGAUGAAAGGAUGGAGGAAGAAGAGCAAAAUGAUGAGGAAGAGGUGGACAACUGAGCUUGCUGAUGAGAUGUGCAGGGCCUGGGUUUUGUGCAGAGGAAUAUAAACACUGUAAAUCAACAAACGCUGUGUCCCCUCUUGUUUCCAGUAGAGCUUUGUACCGUUCCUCUGCCGCCCGGCCCUUUGUGGCUUUAACUUGUACAUAAAGGACUUCUGCUAAAGCUUUU